CAGGUCCUCUGCAAGAACAGCCAGUGCUCUUAACUGCUGAGCCAUCUCUCCAGGCCCAGAUAAUCUGCUCAGCCAUUAAAGACUAAGGCUUUAACAACCACAAUGUCAAAAGUUCGGUUCCUUAUACUGGUACAGUACCUGGCAUGUAAACAUACCUUUUAAAGAGGCUAUCUUCUAGUUGCAGCACUAAAACCAACUCCUGGAUGGGGUGAUGAAUUCACCUAGGGUUUAUCUUACCGGUUGCCAAGGGCAAAAUAAACUGAGAUGGAACAGAUGCAGAUACCACGUUUCUUCUCUGAUUCUCACCAAGGAUAGCCCUAUGUUGCUACUGCACUGAUGUAAAAAUGAGGUGAGGUUGGGCAUUGCUUUUAAGUUGCAGGAAUAUGCGCUUGUUGGAUCACUUGAGUCCAGGAGGUCGAGAGCCCAUAAGAUGAGCAUCAAAGCCUAUAGCAGCUUCAUUUUCUGAAGACCCCUUCCUUGGUUGUCUCUGGGUAGGCUCUAGGCUUCAGUCUUGGGGACUAGCUGUGACACUCUUGUUCACUGAGAUCCUUCUGGAAUAUCUGGUCUGGAAUGGUGCAAAAAGCUUUGCCUUCACAAUGACCUUGCUCCUGUAAAGACUCCAACAUUGUACCCUGCAUUCUGAGAUACCCAAACUCAUUACUGUGCUAGCCCUAGUGAAAAGCAAAGGUUUGCAAAGGUUGUGUGGUUCCUGAAUGAAUUCUGAAAUGGGACAUCUUUUUCUUGUACGGAAUUAAAAUUAGUUACAUUGUUACUGGAUUAUAUGAUACAGCUAGCAAAAAAAAGAGGGCGGGAAUGUGGCCCUUAGGAUGUCAGUUAAUUGCUUCUGAGCAUCCUGGACUUGGUUAGACGUCCGUAACCAGGGCCUUUCAGUCUCCGAAAGACAUGGAAACGACGUGAAAGUGGUGGGCUCCUGCACCCAGAGGUGGUAGCAGCCAGUGAAUCCCGGGAGAGAGGCCCGUUGGCUACCAAGCAGUUUCUUGAGGAGAUCAACAAGUGGACAGUUCAGUACAAUGUUUCUCCGCUCUCUUGGAAUGUGGCUGUCAAGUUCCUCAUGGCAAGGAAGUUUGAUGUGCUUCGAGCAAUUGAGCUGUUCCACUCCUACAGAGAAACAAGAAGGAAGGAAGGCAUUGUGAAGUUAAAACCUCAUGAAGAACCUCUGCGUUCUGAGAUCCUUAGUGGAAAAUUUACCAUCUUAAAUGUUCGAGACCCAACUGGAGCCUCCAUUGCCCUCUUCACUGCUAGGUUGCAUCACCCUCACAAGUCUGUUCAACAUGUGGUACUUCAGGCCCUGUUUUACUUACUAGACAGAGCUGUGGAUAGCUUUGAAACUCAAAGGAAUGGGCUGGUGUUUAUCUAUGACAUGUGUGGUUCUAAUUACGCCAACUUCGAGCUGGAUCUUGGCAAGAAAGUCCUAAACCUGCUGAAGGGAGCAUUUCCAGCUCGUUUGAAGAAGGUGCUGAUUGUGGGAGCACCCAUAUGGUUCCGAGUGCCCUAUUCUAUUAUCAGCCUGCUCUUGAAGGACAAAGUCCGGGAGAGGAUUCAGAUAUUAAAAACAUCGGAGGUUACCCAACACCUGCCUAGGGAGUGCCUUCCAGAAAACUUGGGUGGGUACGUCAAAAUUGACCUCGCCACUUGGAAUUUCCAGUUCCUGCCCCAAGUGAACGGCCACCCAGAUCCCUUUGAUGAGAUCAUCCUGUUCUCCUUACCUCCUGCCUUAGACUGGGACUCAGUGCAUGUUCCAGGUCCCCAUGCUAUGACCAUCCAAGAGUUGGUAGACUAUGUCAACACCAGGCAAAAGCGGGGGAUAUAUGAGGAGUAUGAAGACAUUCGUCGUGAGAACCCUGUUGGCACUUUCCACUGUUCCAUGUCUCCAGGGAACCUAGAGAAAAACCGCUAUGGGGAUGUACCCUGCCUGGACCAAACAAGAGUGAAACUGACAAAGCGAAGUGGCUACACUCAGACAGAUUACAUCAAUGCCAGUUUCAUGGAUGGCUACAAGCAGAAGAAUGCUUACAUUGGUACACAAGGCCCUUUGGAGAAUACUUACCGUGAUUUCUGGCUCAUGGUAUGGGAACAAAAAGUUUUGGUUAUUGUCAUGACUACUCGCUUUGAGGAAGGUGGCAGGAGAAAAUGUGGCCAGUAUUGGCCUUUAGAAAAAGACUCUCGGAUCCGAUUUGGCUUCCUCACGGUGACUAAUCUAGGAGUGGAGAAUAUGAACCAUUAUAAAAAAACAACUCUAGAACUUCACAACACAGAGGAGCGGCAGAAACGCCAGGUGACCCACUUCCAGUUCCUAAGCUGGCCAGAUUAUGGUGUCCCUUCCUCAGCAGCUUCCCUCAUUGACUUCCUGAGAGUGGUCAGAAAGCAGCAGAGCCUGGCUGUCGGCAGCCUGGGAGCACGCUCCAAAGGGCAGUGCCCUGAGCCACCCAUUGUGGUACACUGCAGUGCAGGCAUUGGCAGGACAGGUACCUUCUGCUCACUGGACAUCUGCUUGGCACAGCUGGAAGAGCUUGGCACCCUUAAUGUGUUCCAGACGGUGUCUCGCAUGAGGACCCAGAGGGCCUUCAGUAUCCAGACCCCUGAGCAGUACUAUUUUUGCUACAAGGCCAUCCUGGAGUUUGCAGAGAAAGAGGGCAUGGUUCCCUCUGGCCAUAGCCUACUGGCCAUGGAGGGUCAAUAACUGCUUCAUGAGUUUCCACCUGCUGGCCAACCUUCCUUAAACUACCCUGGACACCGCUGAGCCUAUAGGUUGCCAUCAAAUAUGCUGAAGCCGUGGAUCGACCUCUUUCUCAUGUCUGUCUCUUAGCACACGUGUGCACGCAAGGCAGCCUUUCCCUUUGGCUAGAUAAAUGUGGUGCAAUUGCCACUAGAAAGGGCCAGCAGCAAUGUGUUCUUAAUUCCUAGCACCUGCUAUUGAACUGUGCCUUAUUAAAACCAAAUUGUGGCUAUUGAUUUUUGCCAGGGUCCCUGAGGUAAGUGGGGAAGGAAACUCCCCCUCUCCUAAUGCCAUUUUUCUUCUGGAAGUCUCUUUCCCUUUGCUAGGAUUUUGACAGGGAGGUUUGGUGAGCAUUCACCUUCCUGCCUAGAGAGCUUGACCAAGUUACAUAUUCUAGAGAUUGUCUUGAGUGCCAAGCACGUUUAUACACAUAGGGCGUGUACUCCAGUCUUUUCUGUCAUUCUGUGUGUGCGCGCGUGUACGUAUGUGCACUUAUGUGUAUGGAUCCAUAUGUAUGUGUGUAUAUAAUAUAUAUUGUAUGUGAUAAUAUGGUUGUAUUCUAUAAAUGCAAAUACACACAGAUACUCUUUGUAGAAGUUCCUGGGGUUCCAUGUUGCAGUUUAGCACUCCUUGCUUUUUGGACCCUGCUGAUUAUUCUAGACUGGUUGGGGUUGGAGGUCAUGGCUCAUGUUUUCAGACAACAGAGUAGUAGAAGACACAUACAUUUCUCUGUUCCUGGGCCUCAUUCUUCAUGGCAUCUUUUCCGCCGGACUCUGCUUGUUGGAGCCAAAAACACUGGCUUUUGGUGACAUUGGUUUAAUUUAGCAUGGUUUGCCCCUUGUCUAACAAAUUUUCUCUGUUUACUUUGCUGAUUGGGGAACAGACUCCACUGUGAUUCCAGACCGUCUUCUCACAAUCCCAGGGAUGGGAACCAAGUAUAAAGGUGAAUUCACUGAGCUGCCAGAGUGAAAAGUAAUCGGUACGAAGUCUUAGAAGGCAGGUGUGAGCAAGAGAAAUCUAUGAGAAUCCCUUUCUGGGAGGAUGAACUUGGGCCCCUUUUUCUUUCUUUGCAUAAAACUUGGCCUUGUCUACGGAGAUACCCAACUCUCCUGCCUGCUAAGCUUGCCAUACCCUAGACUUCAAACUGGAUGGUUCUAUGCCAUUGCAUAGCAUAAUUCCUCUGGCUGGGUAAGGUGGUCCUGUACAAUCAUUGGUCCCCUACUCACCCAACCUGUCUGUUCCAUGUCUUCUCCCAAAUUGAUAUGCGAGGAAUGGAAUCAAGAAUCCCCAACAUUCUCCUUUCCCACAAAAACCCAUGGAACCCCUAAACCUUUCUUCCCCAACUACAGAAGAAGAGGUUGGCAAGCUGGUCAGACCUCAAUAAUUUUAUACUGUAAUAAGAUCUUUGAAUGUGUAUAUUCUUAUUUUUUACAAUCAUUUCAUUUUGUAUUUAACAUCAAUGGACUGAGUCAGAUUCAGAAAAUAAUUAUAAUGUUCAUAUUCAAUAUCUUACAGUGGUACAGUUUUGUAUUUACAUAUAAAUAUACCAACAUGAUCAAA